CCCCCGAGGUAGAGCCUGGACGGCGCCGAGGAGCGCGGAGCGGCGCGCAGCCGGCUUGCCCGCCCGCCAGCCAGAGACGGCCGUCCGGCCUCGCGCCCGCCUUUUCCCUCCAGCCCGGACCCCCCUGAAAUAUGUUCAGGGGCGCUUGUAUGUGGCCCGGGAAAGACGCCGCCGCGCUGACUAUCUGCUGCUGCUGCUGCUGGGCUCCCAGGCCGAGCGACAAACCUUGCGCCGACUCCGAGCGGGCGCAGCGAUGGCGACUGUCCCUGGCGUCCCUGCUCUUCUUCACCGUGCUGCUCGCUGACCAUCUGUGGCUGUGCGCGGGGGCCCGGCCCCGGGCCAGGGAGCUGAGCAGCGCCAUGCGGCCGCCCUGGGGGGCCGGCCGGGAGCGGCAGCCAGUGCCUCCUCGCGCGGUGCUGCCGCCGCCGCCGCAGCCGCCCGGCCAGACCAGCGCGCCCCCAGGCACCUGCGGCCCGCGAUACAGCAACCUGACCAAAGCCGCCCCCGCCGCCGGUCCCGGGCCGGACUGCGGCGGCGUCCCAGAACCCACGGGGCUGGACGCAGCUUGCACCAAAUUGCAGUCUUUGCAGAGACUUUUCGAACCGACCACCCCAGCACCCCCUCUACGGCCCCCCGACUCCCCUUCCAGGGCCCCGGCCGAGUUCCCCACCGCCAAAAAAAACUUGCUCAAAGGCCACUUUCGGAACUUCACUCUUUCCUUUUGCGACACCUACACGGUCUGGGACUUGCUGCUGGGCAUGGACCGCCCCGACAGCCUGGACUGCAGCCUGGACACCCUGCUGGGGGACCUGCUGGCCGUGGUGGCUAGCCCGGGCUCCGGGGCCUGGGAGGUGUGUAGCAACUGUAUCGAGGCGUACCAGCGGCUCGACCGACAUGCUCAGGAAAAAUAUGACGAGUUCGACCUCGUGCUGCAUAAAUACUUACAGGCAGAAGAGUACUCAAUCCGGUCCUGCACGAAAGGCUGUAAGGCUGUCUACAAGGCCUGGCUGUGCUCAGAAUACUUCAGCGUGACCCAGCAGGAAUGCCAGCGCUGGGUACCCUGCAAGCAAUACUGCCUGGAGGUGCAGACCCGGUGCCCCUUUAUCCUCCCUGACAAUGAGGAAAUGGUGUACGGAGGGCUCCCUGGCUUUAUCUGUACAGGGUUGCUGGAUACUUCGCCAAAGCGGCCGGAAACCAAGUGCUGUGACGUGCAGUGGGUCUCCUGUGAGUCGGAGAAGAAGUUCAAGGAGUCUGAAGCCCCCAAAACCCACCACCAGCAAUUCCACCACUCUUACUUCCACCACUACCACCAACAGUACCCCCACUACCACCCCCGCCACGACCCCCCAGGCCGCCUCAGCCACAAUCCCUCCCUGCUGCCGGUCUCCGGGGGCUCCCGCCUCAGUCCCAGCAGGAUCCGGCUCUACGUCCUUGUUCUCAUGCUCCUCCAUACCAUGGUGUCCUUCUCCAGCGGCCAGGGUGGUGGGGGGCCAGGCCUGGAGGCACUGCCUGCCCUAGACGAGGGCCUGACUCGGGAAGAGUGACAGCAAGGAGGGAGAUCAGACCUCCACCACAC